UUGGGUUUAGUUUAAGCUGUUGUUUAUAGGCUGCAUACACUUCUGAUCACAUGUGUUGCAAAAUUUAUACUAUCAUUAUUGUUGGUCUAAAACAGGCUGGUAUUGUCUUGGGGCGAUCAGGCUUAGGUAGGAUUCGUGCGUAUUCGGCUACAAUAUUUCGACCAGAAGGCAGAUUGGUACUACAAACAAUUGCAGAUGUUGGUUUCAUGUUUCAUGUUUUUGUUCUUGGAGUUCAAGUAGAUCCAACAAUGCUGACAAGAGCGGGGAGAAACGCGGUGCUAAUAGGCGUUUCCUCUUUUGCUAUGCCUUUUGCACUUGGAGGAUUAGCCAGUUAUGCAUUACCUCAUUUGACUGUCAUAGAUGAUGCGACAGCGCAUUUCUUGCCUUUGUUAGCCGUAAUUAACUCUGCUUCAUUCUUUCCUGUCAUCACUAGCCUUCUUGGUGACCUUAAGAUUCUAAAUUCAGAAAUUGGUCGAAUAGCUACAUUGGCCUCCUUGGUUAAUGACGGUUGUAUAUAUGCUGUUUCCAUACUUUUAACAACAAUAGAUGCAUCAUCAAGUUAUUCCAAGUGGAAUGGAGUAUUGUCCAUUGCAUGGAUAGGCACAUUUCUUAUAGUAGUCGUGUUUGCUGUAAGGCCAUUCGUGAAACAUGUUGCUAGGACUAUACCGGAAAGAGGGGCUAUGAAGGAAAGCCAAUUUCUAAUGAUAGCGGUGAUAGCUCUGAUGUGUGGAUUUGUCGCUCAGACUAUAGGACAGCCUGCUGCUGUUGGUACUUUUAUUUUAGGCAUAGUUGUGCCACAGGGACCUCCUUUGGGAUCAUCGAUGGUCUACAAGAUCGAUAUUUUAUGUACUGGAUUGCUGCUUCCUGCUAAGUUUGCUAUCAGUGGUUUGUCAAUGGACAUAUUCUCCCUAGGAAGAGGAAAGAGUCUUUUAGGCCUCGAAGCAGUGAUCCUAUUGGGUUAUAUAGGUAAGUUUAUUGGCACUCUUGUUUCAGCAGUUCAAUUCGGGGUUUCCUUCAAAGAUGCAGUCCCUCUUGCUCUCGUCAUGUGUUGCAAAGGAAUUAUCGAGGCAUCCUGUUAUAUCGGCUUAAAGGAUACUGGAGUAAUAUCAAGUGAAGCAUAUGCGCUUUUGUUAAUCACAAUGUUGGUCAUAACAGGUAUUGUAAGACCUUUAAUUUGGUACCUCUAUGAUCCAUCAAGAAGGUACUCAGGCUACAGAACAAAUAGUAUACAACAUUUGGAUCCGACCAGUGAGCUUCGGGUCCAAGUGUGUAUUCACAACGAAGAUAAUGUCCCGAGCAUAGUCAAUCUUCUUGAUGCAUCCAAUCCAUCUAGAAGAAGACCGAUUGCAGUGUUCAUUCUAAAUCUAAUGGAGCUCAAAGGCAGCGCAGCCGCUUUACUGCUGCCAACUCAUAAUAGAAAAGGCAAACCGAAACUUAAGUCUCUGCCUAGCAGAACAGAACAUAUAUCCAAUGCAUUUAACAUUCUCGCGCAUAGAAAUCAAGGUUCUAUGGUCGUUCAACACUUCACCUCCAUUGUUCCGUAUGCCACUAUGCAUGAUGACAUAUGUACAAUCGCGGUGGACAAAGGUGUCAAUAUUGUGAUCAUCCCGUUCCACAAGCAGUGGGCUAUUGAUGGAACAGUAGGAGCCAAUUUCCCUGCAAUUAGGAUGGUGAACCAACAGGUACUCCAUAAAGCGCCUUGCUCAGUUGGGAUCCUAGUUGAUCGGGGGCAAUUAGCCGAUAACACACAAAUCUUGUUUGGCCAUUCUUUUUUCCGCAUCACAAUGCUUUACCUAGGUGGUCCUGAUGAUGAUGAGGCACUCGCCUAUUGCUGCAGGAUGCUAGGACAUCCCCACAUCAGCGUGACUCUUGUCUGGCUCAAACAUUCGAGUGACAACAACGAGAAGACUAUGGAGUCACAUAUGAUACAUUGGUUCAAGGCUAAUAAUGUGGAUGCAGGGAGGGUGAUUUACAAAGAAGAAGUGGUGAAUGAUGCAGUGGGGACUACUCAGGUUCUUCGUUCACUCGAGGGCAGUUGUGAUCUUUGUAUAGUUGGUAGAGACCACGAACACUCCGAAUUAACACUAGGGAUUAAUGAAUGGAUUGAGUGUCCAGAACUAGGAUUUAUCGGAGACAUGUUAGCUACUUCAGAUUAUAGUUUUUCAUUGCUUGUUAUGCAACAAAUACCACCCGGGACCGAGUUUAUAAACAUCCAGCCACUGAAGCCUGUUGCUAGCAGUUUUUAUUUUGGUUCAGGUAAAUAUAGUCAGCAUUCUGCUUCAGGUAAAUAUAGCCAGCAUUCUGCUUCAGGUUAAUAUAGUCAGCAUUCUCGUUAUGGCCCUUUUGGGUAGCAACUGAAGUUGUUAGCCUCUUUGAUCAAUUCAAUGCCAAGAAUGUAGAAAAUAAGUUAGGAUAGACAGAAAAAAAAAAGAGAAAAGAAUGAUCUUCUCUGUAUUAUAAUUUUUUUGACAA